CUGUUGAAAGAAACAACAGAGAAAACGCAAGAAAGAAAUCAAAAUCAAAAUCAAAAUCGUUUGCAAAGGCAAAACCAACCAUAACCAACAAAAACCCUAUUUAGACCAAUCUCGAAGAACCUUGAUUAGACUUGUUUUGUUCUUUGGGAAGAAAACAAGAGGCACCGAUGCAAGCUGUGGUGCUCAAUACUCAAUCUUGCUGCAGGGGCCUCGAGCCUCCUUCCUCCUCCACCUCCCAAAAGGGUUGGCAGUGGCAGCGCACAAGCUUCUUCGGGAGGAGAGGUAACCUUGCAUGCCGCACUUUGAGUUCUUCUCUUCGGAUUCGUUUGCCCCAUACAUCACGGCGCCAUGUUUUGAGGGCCGUUGCCACUCCAAAUCCAGCUGUGGAGUUGCCGUUAACCGCAGAAAAUGUAGAAAGCGUAUUGGAUGAAAUUCGACCGUAUCUCAUCGCAGAUGGGGGAAAUGUGGCUUUGCAUGAGAUUGAUGGCAAUGUUGUGAGGUUGAAGCUACAGGGAGCGUGUGGCUCCUGUCCAAGUUCUGUUAUGACAAUGAAAAUGGGCAUUGAGCGUAGAUUGAUGGAAAAGAUACCGGAGAUAUUUGCAGUGGAACCCAUUGCUGAUGAAGAAACUGGUCUUGAGCUCAAUGAAGAAAAUAUAGAAAAGGUUCUAGAGGAAAUAAGGCCAUACCUGGUUGGGGCAGCAGAUGGAUCUCUUGAAUUGGUAGGAAUUGAAGAGCCAAUUGUAAAGGUGAGAAUCACAGGUCCAGCUGCUGGUGUCAUGACUGUACGUGUUGCUGUUACACAAAAGUUGCGAGAAAAGAUACCUUCUAUUGCAGCAGUUCAGCUUUUAUCAUGAUUUGGCCGUUAAACACAACUAUCAUCGGCAUGGCAUUCUUGUAAUUUUUCGUCAGCAACAAUAAGUGUUACCUGUGAAGUGAUGUAUAUGUAUAGUAUAUACGUAGCUACAGGAUGAAACUGUUAUCGUGUAAAUUCAAUAUUCAAAUGAUUGCAUAUCCUGAAAGAAGCCUUGCUUUGGUUUA